CUUGAUUCGUGAACUGGGCGAUUGAGGGCCUUCUGGCAUUUAGCGCAUAUCUGCAAGAAUCCUAGUUCGACAAUUUUACGCGGCCCAAGCCCUACAGUCAACUCUGCGAUUCUGGGCCAUUUGGCAUUUAGCGCGGCAAGAAUCCACUAAGUCGACGAGACGACGGAGGUUGAGGGACGACUGGUCGGCAGUUGACUGGACGAUGCCGAUGAACUCACUAACACCGUUCGCCGGUGCGUGACUUUGAAGUCGAAACGCCGACCGCUAAACCGCCCAGAUACCGACGCAGAUCACGCGGUGACGGCUGCGACGCUUGGCCGCCUCCCGACCGGCGCCCGGCCCUGCCCCUUCUAAGUGGACCUGCAACCCGAAUUUCCCAUUGUUCCCAGAAUCCCUGCCCCUUCUCCCCCUGCCCUUCUCAGUUUUCAACUCCUGCCUCUAGUCAAGCCAUCAAACAAGAGAUCAUUGAGCUGCAAUCUUUAGAUUAUUGAUUCAAGACAACUUUGGCUGAUCGCAUGUAGUUCAGUUUUUGGUUGCAUUUUUUGCGAGUGAACUGAAUUCAGAUAAUUUCGAAGAACCUUGUCUCAAAUAUUUAAAUGAAUCCUAAAGCUCAUUCAAUGGCCACUUCAAACUUGCCUCUCACAAUCCACACACCUCUAUGGGUAUUAACAUCCUGGCCGAUACCCUGUUACCUUCCAAGAUUACCAAUAUCAAGAAGACCCAAGAACGUCAAAUUGCAUACAUCAAGAAAAACUUCUAGAGUAUUUUCCCCAUCACCGACCUUUGCAGUGCUCUCUGACCCAUACAUCCUUCAACUUGCAGAAACACUUGAAGAUUCACUAGAAUCAUCAUCAUCAUCAUCCUUGACUCUGCAGAAACUUAGAGACAUUUCCUCUCAAUUCCUUCUCUCGACCUCAUGGCCUUCACGCAAGGAUGAAGCUUUUAGGUUUACCGACACUUCUUUUAUCAGGAACUCCAUUAUUGAACCGAUUUCAUCUACAUCAGACUUGCAGCAACCUGUACCACUUUCUAGUAAUGAUACCCUUUCUCCAUUAAAUGUUACAAUUAUUGAUGGAUAUGUGGUAAGUUCAUUGUCACAGUUAUCUGAGUUGCCGAGCGGAGUGUUUGUGGGUUGUCUUUCAAGCCUUAAUACUUCUGAGGAGGCUACAAUAAUGAAAAGGGUAUCUGAUGAAUAUGUUUCUAUUUCCCAGAGUGGAGACAUGUUUUGGUCCCUUAAUGGGGUUGGUGCCCCUGAUAUACUUGUUAUAUAUGUGCCUGAAGGGUGUAGAGUUGAGAAUCCGCUCCAUUUGAAGUACUUUUCAUUGAAAGGAAGAGAGAAACAUUCUAAAGUUUUGCCCAUUUCGAACCCAAGGGUGUUAGUUUUAGUGGAAAAAGGCGGUGAGCUUAGUAUAGUUGAGGAGUACACCGGGAGUGACAAAUGUUAUUGGGCCAAUCCAGUUAUGGAAAUUGUAAUUGGGGAUGGGGCAAAGGUUAGCCAUUCUUACAUCCAAACACAGUCCUUAGGUGCUGCACAUAUUAAGUGGACUUCAGUUCGCCAGGAAUCAACAAGCGUUUACAAGCAUGUUGAAGUAAGCACAGGCGGAAAAUUGAGCAGACACAAUUUGCAUGUGCAUCAGCUUGGGCGAGACACUUUGACAGAAUUAUCCACAUUUCACUUAGCAAGAGGUGACCAAACACAAGAUUUGCAUAGCAAAAUAGUAUUAAACCAUCCAUGUGGGGUCUCUCGUCAACUUCACAAAUGCAUUGUGACUCACUCAGGCCAUGCCGUCUUCGACGGAAAUGUACAAGUUAAUAGAGAUGCUCAGCAGACGGAUGCAGGACAGCUAACCAGAAGCCUACUGUUGGAGCCUCGGGCAACGGUGAAUGUGAAGCCAAAUCUCCAAAUAAUUGCUGAUGAUGUCAAAUGCUCUCAUGGAGCCGCCAUUAGUGAUUUGGAAGAAGAACAGCUUUUCUACUUCCAAGCACGCGGAAUUGACAUAAAAGCCGCUAGGAAAGCUCUUAUAAUUUCUUUUGCUGCUGAAGUGAUAGGGCAUAUUUCAAACACUUGUGUGCAGAAGCGAGUUGAAGGGCUUUUGAGAAAAUUGCUUGAUGAUCCCGCACUAAUUCCUUUUCCUAGUAGUGGCUGACUAGUUGCGUCACUUUUUAUUAUUGGUGGAUUUGAUCAUGUGUGUUAUUAUUAUGUAAUCUUUAAUAUAUUCUUUCCCAUGUGGCAUCGCAUGUAUAUAUUAUCACUCUCCAAAUGGAUGAAUUUUGGGUAAGCAAUCCUGGU